UCAAAUUGUUUUAAUCUAAACGACAAUCAAUAAAAGCCGUGUUAUUUAAAUAGAAAUAAGUUAGGGAUUACCUUUAAAUCCUUGCUAUUCCAAGUUUAAAUCGCACAAUAAAGCCACAAUGGUAGAAUGUUCGUUGUGCUCGUUGCUGAAUUUUCUAUUCAAUUGCGUCUACCAUGUGAUCAGUUGCGCUUUGGACUACCCGCUCAUUGUGAUGGCGCUCAGUCUCCUAAUAGCGCUGGUUUUCAUCAUUAACAUUCAUACGGCCAUGUUGAUUUGUGAUUUUCGUUUUCCGGGUCGUGGAGCCUCAGGCGGAGGCAGUUGUGGUGCAGGUACAAGCGGUGGUGGUGGUGAAAGUAAAAGCUCCAUGAAUUUUGAUUAUGGUCCUGACAAUGGACCACACAAUUGGCGUUGCUCGGAUACGAAUCAGUCACCCAUAAAUAUUAUCGAUGAGAACGUACAAAGAUUUCCCAUACGUGAGUUACUCUGCUGGAAUCACUACGAUGAUUUACCCAAUGGCAUUAUGCUGGAGAAUAACGGACAUACAGUUGUGCUGCGCGCAUGCUUUUCGGGCAAUACACCCACCGUCAGCGGAGCUGAUCUGCUGGCCUGUUACACCUUUGUUGAGUUGUGCUUUCGCUGGAGUCUGCUGAGCAAUGAUGGCUCAGAACACAUGCUGAAUUAUCGCAAAUUUCCAUUAGAACUGCAGGCCAUGCAUCGCACCGGUCCGAGCGGUGAUUGCACAUCGAGUUAUGACUUAUUAAUGGUUGGCUACUUUUUCGAGGUGUCGGCGAAUAACCCUUACUUGGAUCCGCUUGUACAAAAUUUACAUCGUAUACAGAAACCCGGUUCCAAAAUCGAAAUUCCACCUUUUCCACUCUCUUAUCUACUAUAUCAAUUUCGUACCGGCUUUUACAGUUAUGGCGGUUCGCUGACUGAGCCACCCUGUUAUCAAGGUGCCGAAUGGUUUCUCUUUCCCGAACCCUUAGCGAUUAGCGAACGCCAAUUGAACGAAUUCCGUCAGUUGCUCUCGAAGGAUGGUAAAACACGCAUUCUGCGCAAUUCACGUCCAGUUCAAAGUAUCAAUUGCACACGUGUGGUCAACUUAAAUCAAUAUAAUCCCAUUGAUGCUUACCAGAUGGAGCCGCCCGUGUCUGAGGUGCAGGGUGAGGAUGAAGAAUGUUUUGAAUAGAAAGAAGUUGCUAUGCCAAGCAUGAAACACUCAGGAUCUCAUAUAAUAUUCACUUCUAUAUUUGUAAAUUUGUUUUACAAAUAGCGCAAAUAUA